AUGAUGUUAACACGAGCCGCCGCUCGACCAGCGGCCACUCUGAGGGCGGCCGCCCUCGCAACCCCGUCCGUACUUCGAUCCGGUCUGCCUGCAGUUUGGUCUCGGGGCGUCGCAAAGGACAAUAAACCGAACCAAUCGAGCCAACCAUCACAAGUCCCGAAACCACCAAAAGCACCCACGCAUCGCCCCUCACAGCCGACCCCCGCCAACCCUGAUUCCACUGCCAAAUCCGCAUUCGCUUCCCAGCCCAGUGCUGGGUCACCCAAACAACCGGGUUCGGAACAGCCCACCGAUUCCGACGCUGCGCAAGAUCCCGCCGAGGUUGAGAAAGAACCCGAUUUCUCCAAGCUCCCUGAUCUCACACAAGGCAUCCCCUCGACGCUUGAGUACGAGAGAUCGGGCGCGACGAACAAAGCUGCCCUGGCUGCGUUUGAGGAGGAGCCAACAACAAAGUCCGGCGGCGGCGGUCGGCAAAAGGGGGAGUUGCCCAAGUCGGCAUAUGUAUCGUCAACUGAAAGGCGGCGCCAAAAAUUGGCACUCUGGGCGUUUGCAGUCACCGGCGCGGCGGGCAUCCUUGGCGUCGCAUACCUUGGUCGCGACUGGGACGAGGAGGAGCUCUCCAAGAACCCGGACGUUCCCAAUGGAUGGAGUGUUGGGCUGUGGUGGAAGCGUGCCAUGGCACGUAUGGGCGACACCGUGACGUACUACCAGGAGCCGGCAUUCGAAAAACUCCUUCCAGACCCCGACCCUUCUUUUCAGCGGCCAUACACCCUAUGUAUCAGCCUGGAAGACAUGUUGGUACAUAGCGAGUGGAGUCGCGAUCACGGUUGGCGUGUGGCGAAGCGCCCUGGCGUGGACUACUUUUUACACUAUCUCAGCCAGUAUUACGAGAUCGUCCUCUUCACAACCGUCCCAUUCGCUACUGGUGAACCUCUCGUGCGCAAGCUAGACCCAUACCGGUUCAUCAUGUGGCCUCUGUUCCGGGAGGCUACCAAGUAUAAGGACGGCGAAAUCAUCAAGGACCUAUCCUAUCUCAACCGCGACCUGUCCAAAGUCAUUAUCAUCGACACCAACGCGAAACACGUACGCGCACAGCCCGAGAACGCGAUCAUCCUCCCAAAAUGGGUUGGGGAGCCUAAGGAUAAGGAACUUGUGGGGCUGGUGCCUCUUCUGGAAUUUAUCCACACGAUGCAAUACGACGACGUGCGCAAGGUCAUCAAGUCCUUUGAGGGCCACCAUAUCCCCACAGAGUUUGCCCGCCGAGAGGCUCUGGCCCGUAUUGAGCACAACAAGCGGAUUCAGGCCAAGUCUUCCCGUGGCAGUGGCAUGAGCUGGCUAAGCAGCCAUCUGGGCCUCAAGCCGAGCAACAUGAGCCUGAUGGUGUCUCCCGAAGGCGAAGAGAAUCCGCAGGAAGCAUUCGCCAAAGGAAAGAUGCUUCAAGACAUCGCUCGGGAGCGUGGCAUGCGGAAUUACUUGAUGUUGGAGGAGGAGAUCCGCAAGAACGGUGAGAAGUGGCUCAAAGAAGAGCAGGAACUCAUGGAGAAAGCCCAGAAAGAAGCCAUGAAGAGCAUGCAGUCGUCCUUCUUUGGUUGGUUCACGCCAUCGGAGCAAAAGCCAGCCAGCGCCCCUAGCACCGGCGCGACGAAGAACAGCUAG